AACAAUCGAAAAUGACAAUCGCUUCUAACAGCUGAAAGCAAGCAUCAAGCAAAUUCUAAAUUACACAUAGAUACAAUGGAUCCAACAAAAAAGAUAUCAUUUGGUUUUAGUAAAGUUAAUAAAAAGAUUAAUUUGUUUACCAAUAAAGAACCGCCGAAGGCCAAUAAUGGUGUGGAGCUGAUCAAAUGUUUGGAGGGACAAGAAAUUAAGCUAGUGCAAGAAAAACAGGAACAAGCUGCCCUGGUUAUACCUUUAAAGGAAAAUCAAAAAACUUCUGCUGCUUUAGCCAGCCUAAUAAAGCGCAGAGCUGUAUUGUUGGGAGAAGAUGAACCAGAAACUAAUAUAAAACAAGAUAAUGGAGCUGCUGUUGACAUAAAAACAGCCAUUGACUCCGACGAUAUAGAAAAGCGUGCAGCUAAAGAACUUUUAGCCGAACUGAACGCAAAUACUGCUGCAGUGAACUCGGAGUCUUUGGUUUUACCUGUGGUACAUCCAGACGAUUUGCCUUUAGAUGGUGCUAAAGAAUCUUCCAUGGACGAUUAUGAAAGUAUACCUAUACAAGAAUUUGGCAAAGCCAUGCUUCGUGGCAUGGGCUGGGUGGAACCCCCAAAGCCUACGAAAGGUGGACCCCCGGUGGAUGAAAUGCCUUCGGUAAGACCUAAAGGAAUGGGAUUAGGAGCUGACAAAGCUUUAAAAGCCAAACCUCUUUUAGUUGCCCCUGAAUCGAACGAAGUGCUGGAAAUUAAGAGAAAUGCAUAUGUUCGCAUAUUGGGUGGUAAACACAAAGAUCUCUAUGGACAAAUUGAGGGAUUUGAUGAUCAUGCUGGAAGGGUUAUAGUAAAAAUGGCUAUUGGCGGAGCCAAAGAGGCAUUCAAUGAGUUCUUGUGCCAACCAGUAGCACGAAAGGAGUAUGCUCAGUAUGGAAAAUGCAUAAACACCACAAAAUAUGAGGAGUACAAAAGGAAAGAAAAUGAACAUGGCCAGAUAGUUUGGAAGGAGGAAGCCAACACUCAAAAAAUAAAAAAGGAAAACUCUGAUAGUCCUAAGGCAGCAUAUCAGAAAACGGAAGAUAGCAACAAGAAAAUUCAAGAAAUUUCUUCAGACGAAGAGGAUGACAAACGAAAUGUUUCAAAAGGCAAUGGCUGUGAAAAACGCCAUAAUAAAGAAUAUAACCGCAAAAAAGAGGACCCUAAAAGCCAUAGCUGUGAAAAGGAAAGGCAUGAUAAAUAUUCCAGCUUAUCUGACAAGGGCUAUGAAAAGGAACGCUUUAGAGAUGACAGCAAAAGUUCCAGCUCCUAUAACAAGUAUCGAGAUAAAGAGGAAGAAAAAUACAGAACUAAAUAUAGCGACAAGUUUGAGGAACGACCUACUGUAAGCCGAAGAGAUGACUACAGAAGAAAGGAAGAUACAGACGGGAAGUACUAUAGAGAUGAGAGCCGCCAAAGAAUUAAUAAACACUACGAUAGUGAUAACUCACGCAGAGAUCAAUCAAACAGAGAAAGAAGAAAGGAUUAUGAUGACACAAAAAUUCACCAAAUAAAACCUUUAAAAUCUGAAGAUGAUUCAGAUAGAGAAGGGCGAAAUAAACACAAAAAAUCUAAAAAGAAAUCUAAAAAAACCAAGAAAUCGAAAUCAUCAAAAUAUGAUUCCACAGAUACAGAAAGCUCCUCCUCAACAUCCAGCGACUCAGAAGAAGAAAGACACAAAAGACAUAAGAAGAAAACCAAGAAAAGUAAAAAACAACGAGAACGUUCACGUUCUAGGGGUAGAAAGUAGAGUAGAUUAGUUGCUAAGAAAAAAACCAAGAAAAUGAAUGUUUACCUUUCAGGAGUCGAAAGCUGUAAAUUUGUCCUCCGCGUAAAAUUAUAUAAAAAUAAAACUUACUUCAGCACUUAA